CAUAGGCACAGGCUGUAAGCCCCGUUUCCGGCUUAGGAUCAGGGUCUGGUGAAGGGGCAGGAGGCGCCAUGUCGGGCCGCGAAGGUGGCAAAAAGAAGCCCCUGAAACAGCCCAAGAAGCAGGCCAAGGAGAUGGACGAGGAAGAUAAGGCUUUCAAGCAGAAACAAAAGGAGGAACAGAAGAAACUCGAGGAGCUAAAAGCCAAGGCCGCGGGGAAGGGUCCCCUGGCUACAGGUGGAAUUAAGAAAUCUGGCAAAAAGUAAGCUAUUCUCACAUCUGAGGUGAUGGUGACCCUCCUCUUCCAUUCCUAUUUAAACAUCUGGAUUCCCUGCCGUAACAUCUUUGCCACUACAACUAGAAUGAAGUGUUAUCCUGUAACCUGUCAAACAUCUGGAUUCCCUGUCAUAACAUCUUUGCCACCGAAUAGCUAGAAUGAAGUGUUAUCCUGGAGCCUGUUGUACAUUGUAAUGAACUUUUGUAAAAAAAAAAAAAAAAAAAAAAAACAAACCAAUAAACUGAGUAACGCGA